UUUAAUUUCCUUAGAUCAACCCUCCUAAUAUGGCCGCAACGUAGGCACGUUAUCUGGGCAAGCUAUUACGACGCGAAAGGUCUAUUGCUGAGUGUCACGAUUCAUCUCUCCAGAGAUCUUAUAGAAGAAAGAGUUUAACCACACUUUGUUAGCAUCACUAUGCUGUCUAAAGCAUGUUGUUGUCCUGAAGCGGUCUGACUGUCAAGUAUUUGAUUACUUAGCGUUUUGAGGAAAUUGCCAAAUUUAGGAAAUGUCAACAGCGUUUCGAACGUCCUUGAAAUACUCAUUCUGUUACAAAUAACGAGUAAAACCACCCUUCGCGCGUCAAGUCCCUUUCUUUCUGACGUCGCGUCCCUGGAGUGAAUCAGUCACUGAUCAUCCGACUCAUAGAUCCGACCCCUGUGUUGAAAAAUGGCAGCUUUCAGCAAAUAUGUGACAGCGAAGAACUCCUCAGUAGCAGGUGGACUUUUGCUGAUGUUAUACUUACUGAAAAACAGAACACGAAGGCUAAAGCAGGACUGUUCAAAGCAAGGAUCAGAUUUGGUGCUGGACGUGGAGGAUGGAAAAAAAGACCGUGCAGCAGUUGACAAAAUGUUCUUUCUUCGAAUUCUACGGAUAUUGGGGAUCAUGGUACCUCAGAUCUUUUGCAUGGAGGCUGGAUACCUGGUCCUUAUUGCUGUUAUGUUAGUUGCAAGGACCUACUGUGAUGUAUGGAUGAUUCAGAAUGGAACGAUGAUUGAGAGUGCAAUAAUUGGCCGCUCAACAGAAGAUUUCAGGACCUUCUUGUUCAGCUUUAUCCGAUUUAUGCCACUUAUAGCCUUGGUUAACAACUUUCUCAAGUUGGGCCUGAAUGAGCUGAAAUUGAGAUUUCGAGAGAGGCUCACAAAGAACCUAUAUGAUCAGUACCUACAGGGCUUCACUUACUACAAAAUGGGCAAUUUGGACAACCGGAUUGCGAAUGCAGACCAGUUGCUGACUCAGGAUGUGGAAAAAUUCUGCAACAGUGUGGUGGACCUCUAUUCCAACCUCAGCAAGCCUUUGUUGGAUAUUGGUUUGUACAUCUUCAAGCUGACAAGUGCCAUUGGGGCUCAGGGCCCAGCCAUCAUGAUGUCAUACCUGCUCAUCUCAGGUUUAAUGCUGACUAGAUUGAGGAGACCCAUUGGUAAAAUGACAGUCACAGAGCAGCGCUAUGAGGGAGAGUACCGCUACGUAAACUCUCGGCUUAUCACCAACAGUGAGGAGAUUGCAUUCUACAAUGGGAACAUGAGAGAAAAAAAGACCAUUCACUCUACGUUUAAAAAAUUGGUUGACCAUUUACAUAACUUCAUCUUCUUUCGUUUUACAAUGGGAUUUGUGGACAGCAUAAUUGCCAAAUACAUUGCCACUGUUGUGGGAUACCUGGUGGUUAGCAGGCCGUUCUUAAACCUGUCCCACCCGCGACAUCACCGCAGCACACAGUCUGAACUGCUGGAGGAUUAUUAUCAAAGUGGGAGGAUGCUGCUGCGGAUGUCCCAGGCUCUUGGCAGAAUUGUUCUGGCUGGUCGAGAAAUGACCCGGCUCUCAGGAUUCACAACUCGUAUCACUGAACUGAUCAAAGUCCUGAAGGAUUUAAAUUCUGGCAAAUAUCAACGCACCAUGGUCUCCCAGCAGAAGGACGUUGACACAGCAGAAAAUCUUGCACUCAUGCCUGGAAAAGGUCAAAUUAUCAACAGAGAUAACAUCAUCAAAUUUCACCGUAUCCCUUUAGCAACACCAAAUGGAGACAUUCUAAUCAGAGACCUCACAUUUGAGGUGAGUUCUGGCACCAAUGUUCUUGUGUGUGGACCAAAUGGCUGUGGCAAGAGCUCGCUCUUUAGAGUUCUUGGAGAGCUUUGGCCUCUGUUUGGGGGAGAAUUGACUAAGCCUGAGAGAGGGAAACUCUUCUAUGUUCCACAGAGACCCUAUAUGACACUUGGUUCUCUAAGGGACCAAGUAAUUUACCCUGACACCUUUGAAGAACAAAGAAGGAAGGGAAUCUCUGAUCAGGUUUUGAAGGAAUACCUGGAUAACGUUCAGCUGGGCCAUAUCUUAAACAGGGAGGGCAGUUGGAACUCAGUGCAAGACUGGAUGGAUGUUUUCAGUGGAGGAGAAAAGCAAAGGAUGGCUAUGGCCCGACUGUUCUACCACAAGCCCCAAUUUGCUAUUCUGGAUGAAUGCACCAGUGCCGUGAGUGUGGAUGUGGAAGACUAUAUCUACAGCCACUGCAGGAUGGUAGGCAUUACUUUGUUCACAGUGUCUCACAGAAAGUCUCUAUGGAAGCAUCAUGAGUACUACCUACACAUGGACGGCAGAGGAAACUAUGAAUUCAAACCCAUCACAGAAGAAACUGUGGAGUAUGGCUCUUGACUGAUGGCUCCUGAGUAAAAUACAAUGAUUGGUACUAAUUUAGUCCAAAAUUUGCACAGAUGACAGUGGUUAUAACCGGAGCAAGAGCAUGAAGUAAUAAUGUGGUAAAUUAAAAAUGAUUUGAUUUUUUUUUCCUUGGGACUUGUCAUUAAUUUAAUAAAUAUGACUUUAGGAAAAAUAUGUAUUCUGCAAAUUUGAAAAUGUUUUACUCACACAAAAAAUGUAAUUGAUUAAACAUCAAUUCAUAAUAAUCUCAUGUAGCCCACAAGUGGACAUAAAUUAUCUUCCACAGUGGACAGUUUCCAAGGCACUGUGAUAUUUGUUUUAUUUUUCUAGAUUUACAAUCACAAUGUUAUUUUUAAAUCUUGACAUUAUGUUUUUUCUCCAGGGUCUCAAAGUAAAAACACUCAAACAUUUUAAUUUUUAAAAGGAAUGUGGUUUCCAAAAUAAUGUAAAAGUUUGCAAGUUUCCUACUGAUUUUAGCGGGAAAUAAAGUAGAUUUAGAUAAUUAGCUACAGUGGGCCACAUGAAAUGAUGUGACUGGCAGAUCUGGCCCUGAGUUUCACACCUGUACUGACGGUGUCAGUAGAUCAAGGAUCAUAUUCUCAUUUUCUGAAAAAGAUGACAUUUUUGAGUGUUUCAAGCAUUUUUGGGGCCUUGCCCUAUUCCCCAAAAGAUAUCUUAAUGCUUUCUUUUUUUUGCAGGUUUUUCUUUUUUUGGGGGGGGUUGUUUUUUUUUUUUUUUUUCUAUUUUGGAGGAUCUAAUAUAUUGGAAUGUAAACAGCUGUUUGAUACUCGAAUGAAUUUAUGAUUAACUCGCUCUAUGUCCAUGUUGGUUCUUCAAACUCUGUGUCAUCUGAAAUAUCAAAGCAAGAUUCACACAAUCGAUUAAAGACUGGAAGUGUCAGCCAUAGGUUAUGUCGGUGUGUU